CCCGGUGGGGAGGGGAGGAGGGAGGGCCCCCUCCGGGUCUGGGCCUGCCCCACCCCUGGGCCCGCCUGCCGCUGUAUCCAGGGCUGGGCAGGGCCUAGACCGGGCCUGACCUUGACUGUGCCUUGCUGCUGGCUCCUCCGCGGCCAUGGGGACCCCGGAGACCCUUUUCCUGCUCAGCGCCCUGCUCCUGUCAGCUGCCGAGGCUCAGGAGGCCGCGCAGCGUCACCUGAAGCCCUGGCUGGUGGGCCUGGCAGCCGUCGUGGGAUUCCUGUUUAUCGUCUUCCUCCUCAUGCUGGCCAACCGCAUCUGGUGCUCCAAAGUGAGGGCUGAGGAUGAGGGGGAGCCCAGGUUCAGAAUAGAGACCAACCAGGAUGUGGACCUGAGUGAAAGAGACAAGAGGAAGAAGAGAGACGAGAUACAGGAGGAGAAGGAGAAGAAGGCUGAGAAGGAAGGAGAGAGAAACUUGGGGCUGGAGCUGGAGGAGGAGGAGCCCGGAGAUGAUGAGACAGUCAAGAACACAGCCAUGUGA